CUGGAUGUUGAUAGUGAUGUUUGGCAGGAUGGUCUUGAGGAGCUUAGUGCUAGCACCCCACAUUGGCUUGCUGAUGAGAGUGUGCCCAAGGGAAUCAGGCUGAUGUUGGAAGAUGAUUGCUGUAAUGAAGAAGAAAGAAGGUUGUCAAGAGAGCAAUCUAUCAUACAGGAAUGGAUUUCCAUGGAGUGGCUGAGUGUAUGGUCUGCUCUGGACAAUGUGGCAGGUGAGUGCAAAUACCAUGUUUAUGUCCCAUCUCAUAGGGAGUUAGAUGAAUAUUACAAGUAUCACCUGCAUGCCUACAGGGAUUCCAUUGUUGCAGUAUAUGUCAAAUGGGAGGCCAAGCUUUGA